CCCACCAUCACAACACACUUCAUUCGAUCAACUACAACAAUACAGCAACUUUUCUCUCACACAAAACCACACAACACCUUCAAUUUCUCCUAUAAUUCAAUUUCUUCCAUAUCCAAGAUGCAAUUCUCCACCAUCGCAGCCUCCAUCGCUUUCGCCGCCACCGCAGUAAAUGCAUCUCCCUGCGUUGCCCCCCCACCUCAACCCACUCCCGCAACCCCAGCACCAAGACCAGCAUGCCCAGCAGUUUCCUUUUCCGAUACCCUCACUGGCUCAGUAAAAGCGCAAGUCUACGACAUCAUCCCCAGCGACCCCGAGCGCGCCUCCACCCCAACCAACAAACUCAACGUCUACAAUAUUUCCAACGACGUCAAGCAACAAGCCGUCGUCUUCCGCGGUCUCCCAGAAACCGCAUACGCCUGCAGACUAUCCUGGAAUCUCAAGUGGCCUCGCCAGCAAUUCGCCGCUACAAAGAACACGGCGAUCAAGCUGUACGGACUCACUGAGAUCCCCGAUACGUUUUCUGCUUCCUCGGUGACACCGCUCGUCAAUGUAACGGAGUCGGCUGCCGUGGGCGCUUUGAAGCUUGGUGCGGAGGAAAAGCAGGAGAGUAUUGGUGAGGCUGCUGGGUUCCCGCCUUGUGCUACGGAGCUUGCUUACUUGGCUUCUUUGAAUACUGAGGCUGGGGGUGAGGGUGCGCUUUCGAUGCUUCAGGAUCAGGACAAUGGGUUUUCUUUGUAUUACAAUUACUGCUAGGGGUAGUUGAAGAUUCAGUGGCAGACAGGAGGAUUUUAUGUUUU